UUUAACGAUGAAUUUCGCGAUUGUUCUGUUGUGUUUGGGGCUCUUGUAUCCCCUGGUGGUAUUCGGGUCCCCCAAAAAAUAUCAAGCGGAAGACGGAGGUUUUAGUCCCAGUCACAGAUACUACGAGUCGGACCUGCCCUAUAAAAAUAAAUCGGGUUAUAUCCCCAAGAACCCAAUCGCCGAACCGAAGAAGGACUUUUCGGAUCCGAAAGAGUCCAGGUUCGGGCUCGUUUCUUAUGGUAGCACCGGAGGAGGAUCCUACGGCAGCUCAGGCACUGGAGUCUCUUACGGCACAAUGAAACUGGACAUCGGUGGAGUCGCUCUAGGAGUGCUCCUUGGUUUAAGCAUCAUCCUAAUAGUCCCCAAAAUCUCUCAAGUCUUGGGGGCAGUGCACGGAGGAUACGGACGAAAUUUAGAUGAUGACAUGUCGGCCAUCACCAACCUGUUGGCCAGAAUCGACAAUUCUUUGGCAGCCAACGAUAUCGACAGCACGUCGUGUACACAGAGGAUCAUUUGCAGUGUUGUGAAUGAUGCCGCCAGGAAUGAGAAAAGUGGAGAGGCGACAGCUAUGGACCAGUUUAUUUUAAGUUUUGCCAAAAACUCCUUAUUCACGUACGUCCUGGAUGGUACAGCAGUUAAAGAAGCACUGGAUAUAGGAAAAUCCAACGAUGCCGAGAGCUGCGUCGCCAGAUACAGCAAGUGCCCUCUGACAAGGGAGAAAGUGUUAAAAAUAAUGGCCAAUCUCGUGCCUACUAAUACGAAAUAAUUUAAAAAAUAAAUAGAUGAAUAU